UUACUUCUUUACUUCUAUACAAUUGUGUAAACAUAGAAGAACCGAUACCGGUUGUGUUAUCUUGCGGACCCGUCAGUGGCCAAGAACUCUCCCACCCUUGAUUAAGGUUAUAUGUUCGCCCUUGAUUUUAUUCUUUUUGUUCAAACAUGGCUGCCGAGAGCAUGUUUGAGCUGGUCCGUCUAGCUUUGCAAAAGAAUGAUUUGUGUUAUAUACAAGAUAUAUAUUUGAAAUAUUGUAAUAAAAUAAGGAAACUUCCUUCGUUCUCAAACGAAGAUAUAUUGAACUCAAUCAAUAACAACAACAUAUUGAGAAAUUUUAAUGCUGAAGUUUAUCUUCCAAAGAUUUUACGAAAAGACCUUAACAAGUGUGCAGUAGCCUUGUGCUCUGAAAGUACUGGAAAUUGCUUGUACAGUUCUGCUUCCAUCCUGCUUGUUGGUGACAAUUCGUUGGUUGAGGAUCUCAGAAUUUUAACGUCAUUGGAGUUGUUUCUGUGUUCUGAAUAUUACAGUAGGCACCCUGUUUUGUUGUCGUUAUUUGAAGAACACAAAGGUAAGGUAUUUAAAUCUGUUGAUAGCAUUUUGCGAAUGGUAACAUCUUUUGAUGCUCUUGAUGCUUCAGGUUCUUCGUGCUCUAAUAAGUUGGUAAAAAAUGAAGCCAUUGGUAACUGUAAAAAUCAAAAGUGGUGUAGCUUACUUUGCAUAUUUGCUUUGUCGUCAGUGUCAUUGGCCAACAUUAAUACAUAUUUUCCGGAUUGUGGUGACUCAAGGGAUAAAAUUUUAUUUAAUUGUAUAAUCAGUCCAAGAAAUCCCACUCCUUCUUUAAGGACAUUGAAAUUUCUAUUUUGUUUACAAAGUUUUAAUGUUGACUCAAGUAUCACCUUUAAGCCUAAUCAUUUUGUUCCCAUAAUUUUUGUGCCUAACGGUACAAAGCGAAAGUUACCGCACAUCACAAAAAAAGAAAAAAUGUCUUGUGUGCCUACCAAAAAAAUUUCAGUUCAGUCAAAGCUCAGUUUUUGGACUGAUAAAUGUAGUGACACUUUAAUUUUUCCAAAAGUUAUGCCAUUAAUAAAUGUUCAUAAACCUGUUGUGUCAAAUCCUUUAACCAUCACACCAAGUUUAGACAGCAAUAGUCUCAUUUUUGAAUCCUCACAUACAAUUUGUCAUCCACCUGUCCAAUCCCAUGUUGCAACAACAAGCAUUGUCACACAACAGAUUUCACAAUCAACUGUAAUUUCAGAAGCUUGUGCAGUUACAAAAAUGCCCUUUCCUACACCAUCACCUUGUAGUAACAUGCCAGACAGUUUAUUACCUGUGAAUAGAUUUGAUGUGUCAUUGUACCGUGAAAAAAUGAGAACUUUGAAAAAUGACACUUCAGCAAUUCAAGACCUCAUUAAAAACGUUUUUAAACCAAAUAACAAUUAUGUGUUCCCAAAAACUAAAAGAUGCUUUCGUUUUGAAUGGUUAAACAAAUUUCCUUGGUUGUGUUAUUCACCAGCAGUUGAUGGUGCAUAUUGUCUUCCGUGUGUUUUAUUUGGAGAGAAAUUUCCAACCAAAACCAACAAAAUUAAAAAACUGUUUUCUGAGUCAUUCAGAUAUUGGCCAGAUGCCAAUGCUCAUUUCCUCAAGCAUAAUUCUAGCACUGGACUUCAUGCUGAUACAUCAGCUGUAUUUACUAGCUUUAUAAGUAAUUAUUUUGGUAAGUCCCAACCAAUUGACAUUCUUGUUGAUAGUAACAGGAGAAAAAAAAUUGCUGAAAAUAGAAAAAAGCUUGUCCCUAUUGUUCAAGCAAUAAUCUAUUCUGGUAGGCAGGGCCAGGCAUUAAGAGGUCAUCGAGAUGACUCCCAGUAUCAUGGUGAAGUAGGGGAGUUUUCUUGUGGAAGGGUGGGGAAUUUUGUGGAAUUGUUGAAUUUUAGGGUGCAAGGUGGAGACACUAUUCUUGCUGAGCAUUUGAAAAACAGCCCUAAAAAUGCAACCUAUAUCUCCAAAACAACACAAAAUGAGUUAAUAAGUUGUUGUGGUGAAUUUAUUUUGGAUAAAUUAGUUUCUGAGAUAAAAAACAAUGUGUUUUAUUCUAUUCUUGCUGAUGAAGCCUCUGAUUCAUCUCACAAAGAGCAAAUGUCUUUAGUCCUGCGUUUUGUGGAUGAUUCAUUUAACAUUAGAGAGGAAUUCAUCCAGUUUAUCCAUUGUGAUGAAGGACUUUCUGGUAAAGACUUACAGUCUGUUUUAUGCAAGUGUUUAGAACAUUUGAAGUUGAACAUAAAAGAUUGUAGGGGUCAAGCAUAUGACGGUGCAGGUGCUGUGGCUGGUUAUAAAAAUGGUCUCUCUGCACGCAUUCUUAGUCUUAACAGAAAGGCCAUCUAUGUUCACUGUAACAGCCACCGUCUAAAUUUAUCUGUGGGAAAAUCUUGUACUGUGAGCUUAGUUUCACAUGUUAUGACUAAAAUUAAACACAUUACUUAUUUUUUUAAAUUUUCUGAAAAGCGACAUCAAGCUCUUUUGGAUAACAUUAAAAAAUAUUGUCCAUUAGCUACUGUCACUAAACUUACAGAUGUUUGUCGCACUAGAUGGGUUGAAAGAAUAACUGGUUUAGAUACUUUUCAGGAGCUAUAUAUUGCAAUUUAUGUUACCCUGGAAGAAAUGAAGUUAAAUUUAGAGAUGAAAUACAACCAUGAUACUUCAAAACAAGCAGUUGGUUUUUUUCAUCAAAUAGCCAACUUUGAAUUUGUUGUCACUCUUGUAAUUACAAGAAGUAUUUUUGAUGUCACUCUGCAUGUGACACAACUGCUUCAAAAUAAAUCUAUAGAUAUAAUGGACUCAAUAGAUUUAAUAAAAACUUUACAAAAUGUUUUAAGACAGACAAGAAACAACGUCGACCAUUUUCAUGACUUAUGGUACAAGGAAACUCUUUCUCUCUGUGCAAAGGUUGGUAUAGAGGAGGAAAAAAAGAGGACUGUUGGAAGACAAAUUAAUAGGGAUAAUCAUCCUUUCACCUGUAUGUCUGACUUCUACAAAAAAGCUGUUACUAACCCUCUCUUAGACCACCUUAACAGUGAAAUGAAGUCUAGAUUUGAACCUAUUGCACUUAGUGUAUAUAACGGCUUAUGUAUUGUCCCUGCUAAAAUGAUAAACCUUCUUUCCAAUGGUAAGGUUAAUUGGAAAGAAAAAUUUACAUCUUUUUCCUCUUUUUAUGAAGAUGAUCUUCCUAAUGCAUUAGCUUUAAGUGGCGAAUUAGAACUAUGGGAAAGGUACUGGGUAGAUUUCAAAGGUACCAGGCCUGAAACAAUUGCCCAAACUUUAAAGUCGAUUGAUUUAAAAGUAUUUGUAAAUUUAAAUGUGGCACUGCGUAUCUUAGCCACUAUACCUGUCACAACAUGUGAGUGUGAGCGCUCUUUUUCAUCUAUGAGAAAAUUAAAAAGCUAUACUCGCACAACUAUGGUCUCUGACAGACUUAAUGGACUUGCUCUCAUGUACAUACAUAAUGAAAUAGUGCCGGAUGUGCAUCAAGUCAUAAAUAAGUUUGCUAAAGACAAAAGACGUCUUGAACUUAUAUAAUAAAUUUGAAAUAAAUAAUUAGAUACAAAUAAAAUACUUACCUUAUGUAAUUACUUUACUAUACACUUUAACUAUAUAUACUUUUCUACCCCACCCCUGCUACUUCUUUUUCCUUUCUGCAGGUUCAGCUUGCUCUGGCUGAUAGCACCUGUUCUAGGAGUCUCCUGUCAGGAGCUUUAUGGCAACUUUUAACUACCUAUUACGUUAUUUUAUUUCGUUUUAUAUCACCUCCACGCACUUUACCCCCGGGUUUAGCUUGCUCCUGCUAAUAGUACCCGGUUUAUUGGAGCGCUAGC